AUGGGCGUUCUCUUUGCCCCUCCUCUCGGUUCCUCUUCUCUCACCCCCUGCUUUUCUCUUUUCUCUGUCUUGUCCCUGUCCUCACUGCUGGCUCUCCCCCAGGAUCCCAUGAUGGCCCCCCGGCCUCCCUUCCGUCUUGACCUCUUGCUGCCGCUGCUGCUGCUGCUGUUGGCCCCACCUUUAACUAUGGCCCACCGUUUCUUCGCCCCCAACACCACCUUCAAUCACUUGGCACUGACAGAGGACUCACUCUACGUGGGCGCUGUGAACCGCCUCUUUCAGCUCAGCCCUGAGCUGCAGUUGGAGACCAUGGCUGUCACGGGGCCUGUCCUUGACAGCCCUGACUGCGUGCCCUUCCGAGACCCAGCUGAGUGCCCGCAGGCCCAGCUCACGGAUAAUGCUAACCAGCUACUGCUGGUGAGCAGCCGGGCCAGGGAGCUGGUGGCCUGCGGGCAGGUGCGGCAGGGUGUGUGUGAGAAACGACGCCUCCAGGAUGUGACAGAGCUCCUGUACCAGGCUGAGGACCCUGGCGAUGGACAAUUUGUGGCUGCCAAUGCUCCUGGAGUGGCCACGGUGGGCCUGGUGGUGCCCGGGCCUGGACGAGACCUCCUGCUGGUGGCCAGAGGAUUGGCAGGCAAAUUGUCUGGCGGUGUCCCUCCACUGACUGUGCGCCAGCUGGCUGGGCCACAGCCUUUCUCCAGCGAAGGCUUGGGCCGCCUUGUGGUGGGGGAUUUCUCUGACUACAACAACAGCUACAUUGGUGCCUUUGCCGACGCCCGCUCUGCCUACUUCAUCUUCCGCCGCCGCGGAGCCCGGACUCAGGCGGAGUACCGCUCCUAUGUGGCCCGAGUCUGUCUGGGUGACGCCAACCUUUACUCCUAUGUGGAGGUGCCCCUGGCAUGCCAUGGCCAGGGCCUUGUCCAGGCGGCCUUCCUGGCCCCGGGCACACUGUUGGGAGCAUUUGCUGCUGGCCCUCUGGGGACGCGGGCUGCCCUGUGUGCCUUUCCCUUGACCCAGCUGGACGCCAGCAUGGAGGAGGCCCGGCGCCUCUGCUACACAGCGGCCGGACGGGCCCCCAGUGGCUCGGAAGAAGCCACCGUGGAAUAUGGAGUGACAUCGCGCUGCGUCACCCUACCCCCUGAUUCCCCCGAGUCAUACCCCUGUGGUGAUGAGCACACUCCCAGCCCCAUUGCUGGCCGCCGGCCCCUAGAGGCCAAGCCUCUUCUGCUGCUUGAGCAGUCCGUCAGCGCGGUGGCCGCCCUCCAGGCUGACGGACACACGGUGGUCUUCCUGGGGGAUACGCAGGGCCAGCUACACAAGGUCUUUCUCAAUGGCUCCCAAGGCCAGGUGUACUACUCCCGACAAGUGGGGCCCCUGGGCUCAGCCAUCAGUCCCGACUUGUUGGUGGAUGGCAGUGGCAGCCAUCUCUAUGUCCUGACCGCCCAGCAGGUGGACAGGGUGCCAGUGGCAGCCUGCCCCAACUUUCCUGACUGUGCCAGCUGCCUGCAGGCUCGGGACCCACUCUGUGGCUGGUGUGUUCUCCAGGGCAGGUGUACCCGGAAGGGUCAGUGUCAGCAGGCGGCUCAGCCGAACCAGUGGCUAUGGAGCUAUGAGGAGGGCAGCCGCUGCCCAUACAUCCAAGCUCUGCAACCAGCCCAACAUCCCCGCCAGGAGCAGGGCCAGGUCACCCUCUCUGUCCCCUGGUUGCCUGCCCUGUCCUUGGACGAGUACUUCCACUGUGCCUUUGGAGACUACGACAGCUUGGCUCACGUGGAAGGGCCCCAUGUGACCUGUGUCACACCUGCCCAUGAACAGGUGCCACCUAACCCUCCAGGCACAGACCAUGUCACCGUAGUCCUGGCCCUGAUGUUUGAGGAUGUGGUUGUAGCUGCUGCCAAUUUUUCCUUCUACGACUGCAGUGCCGUGCAGGCCUUGGAUGAGGCUGCCCCGUGCCACACUUGCGUGGGAAGCCUCUGGCGGUGCCACUGGUGCCCCAAGAGCAACCAGUGCGUGCAUGGAGAGCGCUGUCCCGAAGGCGAGAGGACUGUCUACAGCGCUCAGGAGGUGGACAUCCAGGAGCGGGGCCCUGAGGCUUGUCCUCAGGUUGAGGGUCUUGCAGGUCCCCUACUGGUGCCUGUGGGCUGGGAGAGCCGCUUGGUGUUGCGUGUGCGGAACCUUGAGCAUUUCCGAGGCCAGCCUGCCUCCUUCCACUGCUGGCUACAGCUGCCAGGAGAGCUUGGGAGGCUGCCAGCCUCCUUGGAGGAGACCACCGGGGACAGGGGCCUCAUCCAUUGCCAGGCCCAGCAGUUCCACCCCGCGACCUCUCAACGUGAGCUCCGUGUGCCCAUCUACGUCACACGAGGCGAGACCCAGCGCCUGGACAAUGCAGGCCCUCUUCAUGUGACUUUGUAUGACUGUGCCGUGGGCCACCCCGACUGCAGCCACUGCCAGGCAGCCAACAGGAGCCUGGGCUGCCUGUGGUGCAACCAUAGCCCGCCAGCCUGUCGCUACGGGCCCCUGUGCCCCCCCGGGGCCGCCCAGCAGCUCUGUCCCAGGCCCAGCAUUUUCUCGAUUGAGCCCCAGACGGGUCCCCCAGAGGGAGGCCUGGCCCUCACAAUCCUCGGUUCGAACCUGGGCCGGGACUUCACCGAGGUGCAGGACGCCGUUAGCGUGGCCGGCCAGCCCUGCAGCCCUGACCCAGCUCUCUAUCAGAUCUCUACCCGGAUUGUGUGCGUGACGUCACCUGCCCCCAACGGCACCACUGGGCCAGUUCAAGUGGCCAUUAAGAGUCGGCCACCGGGCAUCUCGAUCCAGCACUUCAUUUACCAGGACCCUGUCCUGCUGAGCCUGAGCCCCCGGUGGGGUCCACAAGCAGGGGGAACCCAGCUCACCAUCCAUGGGCAGCACCUCCAGACUGGGGGCAACGUCAGCGCCUUUGUUGGGGGCCAGCCCUGCCCCAUCCGGGAGCCCGUGUGUCCUGAAGUCAUCCUGUGCCACACCAUGCCCCGGGCAGCCCCAGGAAAAGCCACCGUGCGAGUGGUCUUCGGCAAGGCCCAGCGCCUGCUGCUGUCUACCCCUUUCCUCUACACAGCCAACCCCCAGCUCUUGGCAGCUGAGCCCAGCGUCAGCUUCCGGGGGGGCGGGCGCUUGAUCCGUGUCCGGGGUUCCGGCCUGGAUGUGGUGCGGCGGCCGUUGCUGUCUGUGUGGCUGGAGGCUGAGGGCCAGGCAGGAGGCACACUGGCCCAGCCCCAGGACCCGGAACCAAGGCAGAGCUGUGGGGUCCCUGCUGCGGAUCCCCAGGCUUGUGUUCAGCUUGAGGGGGGCUUGCUGCAGUGCUCCACUGUCUGCUCCGUCAACUCAUCCAGCCUCCUCCUCUGUCUGAGCCCCGCCGUGCCUGACGGCGCCCGCCCACACCGUGUCUUCUUCACCCUGGAUGACAUGCACGUGGACUUCACCAGGGCCAGUGGGGGCCAGGCCUUCCUCUACCAGCCCAACCCCCGGCUGGCGCCCCUCAGUCGAGAGAGCCCUACCCGACCCUACCUCCUGAAGCCAGGCAAUGUGCUGGACGUGGAGGGCGAGGGCCUCAACCUGGCCAUCAGCAAGGAAGAAGUGCGCGUGCUCAUCGGGGACGAAGAGUGCUUGGUGAAGACGCUCACCCUUACCCACCUGUACUGCCUGCCCCCACAGCGUGCCCCACAGCCCAACAAUGGUUCCAGCAGCCUGCCUCAGUUUGUGGUGCACAUGGGCAAUGUGCGGCUGGCACUGGGCCCCGUGCAGUACGAGGCGGAGCCCAUGCUGGCCUCAUUCCCCGUGGAGGCCCAGGUGGGCCUGGGGCUGGGUGCUGCGCUGCUGACGGCCGCUGUCCUGCUGCUCACGCUCAUGUACAGGCACAAGAGCAAGCAGGCCCUGCGGGACUACCAGAAGGUGCUGGUGCAACUCGAGAGCCUGGAGGUCGGCGUGGGUGACCAGUGCCGCAAGGAGUUCACAGACCUAAUGACAGAAAUGACCGACCUCAGCAGCGACCUGGAGGCCAGCGGGAUCCCCUUUCUGGACUACCACACGUACGCGGAGCGCGUCUUUUUCCCCGGCCAUGGAGACUGCCCGCUGCAGCCCUGGGCCGAUGGGUCCGAGGAGGAGGAGAAGGAGGAGGAGGGUCAGCGUGCCACUGUGCGCCAGGGCCUCAUCCAGCUCUCCCACCUGCUGAACAGCAAGCUCUUCCUCCUCACACUCAUCCACACAUUGGAGGAGCAGCCCAGCUUCUCCCAGCGCGACCGCUGUCAUGUGGCCUCCUUGCUGUCCUUGGCACUGCAUGGCAAGUUAGAGUACCUGACUGACAUCCUCAGGACCCUGCUCAGUGACCUGGCCACUCACUACGUGGACAAGAACCCCAAGCUCAUGCUGCGCAGGACGGAGAGCAUGGUGGAGAAGCUGCUCACCAACUGGCUGUCCAUCUGUCUGUAUGCCUUCCUGAGGGAGGUGGCCGGUGAGCCGCUUUACAUGCUCUUCCGGGCCAUCAAGUACCAGGUGGACAAGGGCCCUGUGGACGCCAUAACAGGCAAGGCCAAGCGCACCCUGAAUGACAGCCGCCUGCUUCGUGAGGAUGUGGAGUUCCGGCCCCUGACGCUCAUGGUGCUGGUGGACCCGGGGUCCAGUGGGGUGGCAGGGGCCAACAGCGGGCAGCGAGUGCCGGCCCGAGUGCUCGACACCGACACCAUCACCCAGGUCAAGGAGAAGGUGCUGGACCAGGUCUACAAGGGCACCCCCUUCUCCCAGAGACCCUCCGUGCACACCCUAGACCUCGAGUGGCGCUCGGGCAUGGCUGGUCACCUCACCCUAUCCGAUGAAGACCUGACCUCAGUGACCCAGAACCACUGGAAGAGACUCAACACCCUUCAGCACUAUAAGGUCCCAGACGGAGCAACAGUGGGGCUCAUCCCCCGGCUGCACCACGCAGGCACCGUCGCCCAGACUCUGGCCCAGAGUUGCCCCUCGGGGGAGAAUACGCCCAUGCUGGAGGACAGCGAGGAUGGUGAGGAAGGUGGGCUCCGUCUGUGGCACCUGGUGAAGGCCACCGAGGAACUGGAAGGGACCAAGCCUCGGCGCAGCAGCCUGCGUGAACGAGAGCGCGAGCGGGCCCGGGCCAAGGCCAUUCCAGAAAUCUACCUCACCCGCCUGCUCUCCAUGAAGGGCACACUGCAGAAGUUUGUGGAUGACACAUUCCAGUCUAUUCUGAGUGUGAACCGGCCUGUGCCCAUCGCUGUCAGGUACCUAUUUGACUUCCUGGAUGAGCUGGCAGACAAGCACAGCAUUGAGGACCCCGAGACCCUGCACAUCUGGAAAACCAACAGCCUGCUGCUGCGGUUCUGGGUGAACACACUGAAGAACCCCCAGUUUAUCUUUGACGUACGGGUGUCAGAUAACGUGGAUGCCAUCCUUGCCGUCAUCGCCCAGACCUUCAUCGACUCCUGCACCCUCUCAGAGCACAAAGUGGGCCGGGAUUCCCCCGUGAACAAGCUGCUCUACGCUCGGGAGAUCCCUCGCUACAAGCAGAUGGUAGAGAAAUACUAUGCGGACAUUCGCCAGAGCUCCCCAGCCAGCUACCAAGAAAUGAAUUCAGUCCUGGCGGAACUCUCAGGGAGCUACACCUCUACCCCCCACUGCCUGGAAGCCCUGCAGCAGCUCUACAGACACAUCCACAGGUACUAUGACCAGAUCAUCAGUGCCCUGGAGGAGGACCCUGUGGGUCAGAAGAUGCAGCUGGCCUGCCGCCUACAGCAGAUCGCUGCCCUGGUAGAGAACAAAUGGACCGGUGAGGGGGCGGUCGCCUCCGCUCAAGCCGGAGCCAGUUACUGCGGCGGGAAAGGCGGGAAGGGUAGGCAACGGGUUCUGAUGGGACUGGGUGGAGCCGAGUGCAAUCAGAGAAUGUUCUAUCCUGCAGUGCAGGCGGGGGCUGGGGCUGGGGGCCCAGGCCCUGUGUGGAGCUCUGCCUGGGGCCCUGAAGCUCGGAGGUUGAGCCAGUAUUUCCCGCGCAAGCAGCCCAUGGGCUCCGUCUGGGGCCGGCUGGCUGCCUCAUCCCUUCGUGGGCUGGGCCUGGGGGGCCGGGCUGGGGGGGGGCGCCGAGGUUGCACCGCCCCUUCCCCACGCCCGCCCGCAUACCUUGCCCGCAGCGGAGCAGCUGGGAGGCUAUUUAUAAAGGCGGGUGAGAUCAGCCGGCCGAGGCUAUAA